AAGAUACUUUUUUUAAAAAAAAGAAAGGACUCACAGUGAGAUAGCAACCAGAAGACACCUAAAUCUUUCAGAGAAGGAGAAUUUAUUGCUCUUUUAUCAAGAGAAACUAACUUCUUCCCGCCAUGAAAGCACCGUUAGAAUUCACAGGAAGAAGUUGACAGUGACCAGACAAAAUCCUGUGUUUGAAUAGAAUUUGUGCAUCAUUAUGAGGUGUAUGAAUAUGCAACAGGCUAUUGUUUUUAAGGGUUAAUGCUCUGUUAACGGGUGUCCUUUUUCGGGCUUAUUUUGCCCAGAAAAAGGUACCUGGACUGUCCAUAAGUCUAUGUUUUUAUUGUCUCAUAUUGUCCUAAUCUCAAUUGUUCAAAUUUUCUAUUACUAUUGUUAUAACCAUUUUAUUACUAUUACACUUUUAAAAAUUUUAAAAACAAGAGAUUGGCGUUUUUCACACUACCCCAUCCAAAACCAGCACAGCUCCACAGCCCUGCCAGGACACUGCUGCAACCAGUGCUAGCCAGCAGCUCGCUGCCAUUCGGGAAGAAAGAACAGCAAUGGCACUGCUACAUAAAUACUGGAGUCAUUGGUGUAUGUUAUGUGUUUUAUCCUGCAUUAUAGGCUUAAUGCUCUGCACUAGAUUCGUAUUAGCGUUGAGAGAGAGCAGAAGUUAGCAAGAUGAGCGAGGAAAUGUGGCUGCCUUAUCUUGGAAGAGUGUUCCACGUUGGAUGGGGUGUGGAGCAACCUGCUCUAGUGGAAGGAGACUGCGCAACGUCGGGGCUGGAACGAGCCGAUCCUCAAGACCUUCCCAAUCCAAACCACUCCGUGAUAACAACGAGGAAACCUCACGGUCCCUUCAAUCACGUUGUGCACUAUUUAUUUCCCGUGUGACGUCCAGCCGAGAGCGCCUCCGCGCCGGGCAGAUCCCUGCCCCCAGCGCCAGCCGUGCCUUCGGUUUCGAUUCCCGGCGAGCGCGGCCCGGACGCGGCCGAGUCCCCGCCCAGCCCCGCUCCGGCUCCCGCUGCCGCUCCCGCUCCCGCUGCCGCUCCCGCCACAGUCCGCGGGCGGUGCCGUCCCGGCCGGAGCAGCGGCAUGUGCGAUCCCGCCGUGUCCCUCUUCCUCACCCAGACGCUGUGCGCCCAUGGCGGGCGGCUGCCGCUGCGGGAGCUGCAGGAGACCGUGGGGCUGUCGGCGCCGCAGCUGCAGGACACGCUGCGGGCGGCGGGCCCCGGGCGGUUCCUGGUGGCGGGGGGCGGCCGGGCGGUGCUGGCCGUGACGGACGUGCGGGUCUGCGUCCGCAAGGAGUGCGACGGCUGCGAGCGGCUGCACCUCUGCAAGCUGCACCUCAUGGGCAGGUGCAACCUGGGGCCCAGCUCUUGUAAGUACUCGCAUGACAUAAUGAAUGAGGAGAACAGGAAAGUUCUAAAAAAACACGGUUUGUCUGGCCUCAGUGAGAAUGAGCUGCAAGUCCUGCUUCUCCAAAACGACCCAUUCUUCCUCCCUGAUGCCUGCCAGUUUUACAACAAGAAAGGUAGUCACUGUAUGCAGCAACACAACUGCAACAAGCUUCAUGUUUGUCAACACUUUCUCAAGGGGAGAUGUAAAUUUCUUCGAUGCAUAAUGUCCCAUAACCUCUUGGAUAACCAUGCAUUGAGAGUGUUGGACAAUGGAGGCAUUGAUGGAAAGACAGCUUCAAACUUCCAGGAGAUAUGUGAUUACAAGCAUAUAGAAUUCAACAGGGAACAGAAGAAGGUGUAUGUACACAACUACAGAAAUGAAUAUUGGAAAAAGCCAGCAGUUAUGAGGAUUAAAGAAGUGAAGACAACUUUGGAAACAGUGCAGAGCACACUGGAUGUGCCACCUUCAGGAGGUGCCAGUAGCACUGUGCCUGCCCAGAGCCAAGACCAGUUGCCAAAGGGAGCAGGAGAUAAAGAUAAAGGUGCCAGUAGCACUGUGCCUGCCCAGAGCCAAGACCAGUUGCCAAAGGGAGCAGGAGAUAAAGAUAAAGGUGCCAGUAGCACUGUGCCUGCCCAGAGCCAAGACCAGUUGCCAAAGGGAGCAGGAGAUAAAGAUAAAGGUAAAAAGGACAGUUCCUCUGAUGAAGCUUCAAAGGACAACAACAAAGUUAACUGUGAUGAGAUCUGUUUGUUCUAUGUCUGGAAAUACUGCAAAAACAAGGAUAAAUGCAAAUCUGUUCAUUACCAUUUGCCAUAUAAAUGGGAGAUACACGAUGGAUUGAACUGGAAUACACUUUCCAUGAUGGAGGAAAUUGAAAAGGCCUAUUGUGACCCAAAGAACAGCAGUUUCCCAAGUAAGAACAUUAAUUUCCAGACAAUGACCUGCUCUUCUUCUUUGGUUCGACGCCUCUCUACACCAUCAUCAGUCACAAAACCCACAUUCCUGCUGACCACACAGUGGAUUUGGUACUGGAAGAAUAACCAAAACGAGUGGAUUGAAUAUGGAGAGCAGGAAGAAGGGAACAGCACGACCUCACCAUCUUCUGCUGUUAUUGAAAAUUUGUAUCAAGCAGAUCCAUGUGCCAUUGUACCUUUCCAAGCUGGCCAACAUCAGUAUGAACUCAAUUUUAAAGAAAUGAUUCAGACAAACAUCAGUUUUAAAACUCGAAGACAGGUUUGCAGGCGACCAAAAUUUGUGUCUUCUGAAGAUGUGCAGAAGAUGAAGACAGGCAGCCAAAGGGAUUCUUCUAUUCCAAAUCAGACCUGUCCUAGUCACUGGGAUGCAUCUGCACUGCCUGACUUUGGAUACAAGGCAGUGGUGAUCAGCAACACAACCUCUGAAUACAAUGAAAUAAAGCAGCUGUUUCAUCAGACUAUGAAAAAUUACAGCAUCCUUAAAAUACAGAGGAUUCAGAAUCCAUCCCUCUGGAAGGUGUUUCAGUGGCAAAAAGAGAAGAUGAAAAGGGAAAAUGGAGGAAAGGAAGUUCAGGAAAAACGCCUGUUCCAUGGAACUGACGUCACCUCCAUGGAAACGAUCUGCAGUCAGAACUUUGACUGGAGAAUUUGUGGAAGCAAUGGAACUAACUAUGGGAAGGGAAGCUACUUUUCUAGAGAUGCUCGCUAUUCCCAUGCCUACUGCCAGGCUGUGCUGCAGGAACGCUUCAUGUUCGUGGCUCGUGUUCUGGUUGGAGACUACGUUAAAGGCAACGCCGCCUACGUGCGGCCCCCCAUGAAGUGUGCUGACAAGCUGUGGUUAUAUGACAGCUGUGUGGAUGACGAGUUAAAUCCUUCUGUUUUUGUUGUCUUUGAGAAACACCAGAUUUACCCAGAGUACAUAAUAGAGUAUAAAGAGGAGAGAAUAAGAGAGCAGACAGAGACAGGAAUAAGAGUGCCUAGAGAGGAGGGAAAAAAAUGUGUUAUAUCUUAGAGGAACUAAGGAACUUAUAUCUUAGGAAAUCUUGUGUCCCUCAUCUUGUUUUCCAGAUUGCAGGUGUUCUACUAUUUGGUGACUUCUUUCUUUUUAACACAGUUCUUCGGAAUGUUAAUCCAAUUUUUGCAUUGAGGAGGGCUGGCAAAGCAGAUGUUACAUUUGUUGUUACUGCCUUAUCUUCUUCUCUUCCUCUCUUAAAUGAAGCGCAGACAUUUUGAUAACCAUAGCAGAAAAAUGAGAGUUGUGGGAUGGGAAAUUGAAUGUUAGGACUGCUGUGGGAAAAUAAUUGCAAAUGCAUCGUCUAAAAAAAAUAGAGAGGACUUCUCUUUGCAAACAAUUAAAAACAAUUAAAAGAAAAAUUAACAGUACAUUAGUUUUAAAGGAAGCUUUCACGUUUUUAGUAGCCAGAGAUUCUUUUCGGUGCAGAAUUCAUCUGCUCUUGAUUCUCUCAUCUAUCAUUAUUAUAAACAACUCAGUGUAGGUAAUAAUGACUUGAGUUUGUUUUCAAAGCACUGCUUUUAAUGCUGGUACAUGUUUUGAGUUAAAAUGAUAAACAAAAAAAGAAAAAGCAUAUUUUAAAUCCAUGUUGUCAGUUCUCGAGAAUUUUCAUCUGUACCAUGGCAGAUGGAUCAGAAAGCUGUUGGAUCAUAUUCUUUGUGGAAAUGAGCAGCAACUUGCUGUAACCUAUACAAAAGCAGAGCUCAACUGAAACUGUGAAAGCCACCACAUGUGAGUAAGCAGAUACCAAAAUUUGGUGGUUUGGCUGUACCUAAUGGCCAUAAGGACACAAAGGCUGUGUCCCAACGAGCCAGGCUUUCCAGUGGAUAUGGCCACGUAGCACAACAGGACAGGAGAAGCUUCUUAAGGAUCAUAGAGAUGUUCUGUCCUGUUUGUGCAAUAAUUUUCGUUUUUCCAGAUUAGAAUGGGACCAGAAGAGACCAGUUAGGUUCUCUUGAGGCCAGUGGUGGAACUGCUGUCCUGAGGCACCAUCCGCAUGUUCUACUGCCCACUUGUGUGGGGCAGGGUGCUGACAAGUGGGGAUCUCUUCUUGUUUUGGGGGUGAUCCUGGGCAAGAAACCUCUGCAAUUUCUACUGGAUGUUAGCAGCGAGUCUGUAAGUGGAUCAAACCGAAAGUCCUCUGUACAAAAUGCCAUAUUCAGGCAGUUUAGCUGUUCAGAGGGAAACGAUGUGAGAACAGAGAAGCAGUAACUAUUACCUUCAGAUAAGCUUUACAGAAACACCAAUAGCCUCUAAGGUUUUUGCAUCUAUGAUAGAAAUCUGUCAACUGCUCAAAGAUAUCAAGUUCUUCCCAAGAGGAACGGAAAAAGUAAAUCCAGAAAAUCUUACGAAAAUCACUUGGAACUAAAUGAAAACAUGCGGAGAAGAUUUUAACACUUUUUAAGAUCUCUUUUUCUCUUGUUUGCCUGUAGAAUUCCUGAAUUACUGAGCUUGUUGCAUUUGCAAAUAAAACCUGUUUUUAGG